GCUCCCUCUCCCCAGAGCCAUCAGCUGGGUACCAGGGCUCGAAAUUAUGGAUUCCCAGCGGGAGGACCUGAGCCUCCCUGGUGUAUGGGUCUCAUUGUACUUUGGAUUCCUGGGGCUGUGUUCUGUGGUAACCGGUGGCUGCAUUCUCUUUCUGCACUGGAGGAAGAACUUGCGACGAGAAGAGCGUGCCCAGGAGUGGGUGAAGGUGAUGAGAGCCGCCACGUUCACCUACAGCCCCCUGUUGUACUGGAUUAACAAGCGUCGGCAUUAUGGCAUGAACACAACUGUCAACACAGGCCCUCCCCCUGCUGUCACCAAGACCGAGACUGAGGUCCAGAAUUCAGAUCCUCUGUGGGAACUGGACAUCCCUGGGAGCAGGAGCUCUGCUGCCCAAGACAGCAGCCCCAAGGUGGAGGCCCCUGCCCCCCCACAACCUGCACUGCAGCUGGUCCCCGGGCAGCCUUUACCUUCCCCAGUGCUGCAGUCCCGGACCAGCUCCCCACUCCUGGUGCCCAUCUUUCAGGAGGUGCCCUUUGCCCCUUCCCUGUGCAACCUGCCCCCAAUGCUGAACCACUCGGUCUCCUACCCUUUGGACACCUGUCCUGAAAGGAAUGUCCACUUCCAUUCCCUCCCCACGAUGGUCCAUGAAGACCACUGCUUCAGUGCCAAGGCUUUUGCUUCAGAAUUAUAGCCACCUCUCACUGAGGGUGGGAGCUGGAAGUAUUAUGGGCAGAGCAGGAAAAUGGAGCGAACCUCGGAGAGGUGGUAUUGACACACAGACCAGAACUCAUCUGGAUGUCACAUUAUGAAAGACUAAAAAAAGUCCAAGGCU